UUCAAAAUGGUAUUCACACCAAAACUAACAUGUCCUUUCUAUCUUGAUCUUGAUAGCCAAAAAACAAAAAAAAAGGUGAAAAUCUGCUGCAUUGGAGCUGGUUAUGUUGGAGGACCAACCAUGGCAGUUAUUGCCCUAAAGUGCCCUUCAAUUGAAGUAGUUGUCGUGGACAUCUCGGUUGCUCAGAUCAAUGCCUGGAACAGUGAUCAACUACCCAUCUACGAACCUAAUCUCGAUAACGCGGUGAAGCAAUGUAGGGGAAAAAAUCUCUUCUUCAGCACGGAUGUCGAAAAACACGUGUCAGAGGCCGACAUAAUAUUUGUCUUCGUCAAUACUCCGACUAAAACCCAUGGCCUCCGGGCCGGUAAGGCGGCAGACCUAACAUAUUGGGAAAGUGCGGCUAAGAUGAUUGCUGACGUGUCAAAAUCUAAUAAGAUUGUUGUUGAGAAAUCGACAGUCCCUGUGAAAACAGCAGAGGCAAUUGAGAGAAUCUUGACUCAUAAUAGUAAGGGCAUUAAUUAUCAGAUUCUCUCAAAUCCGGAAUUUCUUGCAGAGGGGACUGCAAUCUGGGAUCUCCUUUGCCCUGACAGGGUUCUCAUUGGGGGGAGAGAGAACCCUAAUGGGCAGAAGGCGAUCCAGACAUUGAAAAAUGUGUAUACCCAUUGGGUUCUCGAGGAGAGGAUAAUAUGUACCAAUCUUUGGUCAGCUGAGCUGUCGAAGCUAGCCGCCAAUGCCUUUCUAGCUCAACGAAUAUCUUCUGUCAAUGCCAUGUCAGCGCUUUGUGAGGCAACUGGCGCUGAUGUUGCCCAGGUUUCCCAUGCUAUUGGUAUGGAUACUAGAAUUGGACCCAAAUUUCUAAAUUCAAGUGUUGGUUUUGGUGGAUCAUGUUUUCAAAAGGACAUUCUCAACUUGGCUUACAUUUGCGAGUGCUAUGGUCUCUCUGAAGUCGCAAAUUAUUGGAAACAAGUCAUUAAGGUGAACGAUUACCAAAAGAGCAGGUUUCUGAACCGGGUUGUUUCAUCCAUGUUCAACACAAUAUCGGGUAAGAAAAUCGCUAUACUAGGGUUUGCCUUUAAGAAAGACACCGGUGACAUGAGAGAAACCCCUGCAAUCGAUGUGUGCAAGGGAUUGUUGAGUGAUAAGGCCCGGUUGAGCAUAUACGACCCUCAAGUCACUGAAGAUCAAAUGCAUAAGGACUUGUCAAUGAAUAAAUUCGAUUGGGACCAUUUGGUUCAUAUGCAACCAAUGAGCCCUACCUCGGUAAAGGAAGUGAGUGUAACAUGGGACGCUUACGAAGCAACAAAAGAUGCUCACGAGCUAUGCAUUCUAACUGAAUGGGACGAAUUCAAAACGCUCGAUUUCAAGAAGAUUUUUGAUAAUAUGCAAAAGCCUGCAUUCGUGUUUGAUGGCCGGAACGUUGUGGAUGUUGCGAAGUUGAGGGAGAUCGGAUUUAUUGUGCACUCGAUGUGGAAGCCGUUGGAUCCAUGGCUCAAGGACAUGCCUGCCAUGGCAUAGAGGCCUAAACAAUGUUAAGAGGAAGUGUUUGAUUCUUUGAAAAUUUUCUUUUCUUGAUGUUGGUUGUCUUUGUUUGUUAUUAAGCUUUUCUUUGGUAUAAUAUACUUGUGUUUGUUUACUCAUCUAUCAGUGGAAACCAAAAGAUGCGAAAUUUAACAGUGUAAACAUGCAUUGGUAUAGUGAUAAGAAUAGU